GUGUUCUUCUCCUUGUGCUAUGACAUGAAAUAUUUGAGUUCUUGAGCGUGAGCUCGACAGGGUUGACAACCAGUUGGCCCACUUGUAGACAAUGCUGAAAGCUGUAAAAUGCCCGCAUUGAUUGAAGUGUGAGGGAAUGGCCAUUUAGGCACAAGCCACCAAGUCGGAAACCAACAACAAACGUUGUGAGGAUCCCCAAACCCAGCAUCAACACCAACAUCACCGCUGAAUAUACCUGAACAUGUCCAAACCAAAGAACUGGCCCGAGUCAUUUCCCUACCUCCGCACUCCCUUCCACGGAAAGAGCCUCGAGGCGUCUCAUCUGCAGGCACUACGCACCAAGCCCAGCCCAGACGACGGCGAUAUUGCCAUCGUCCUGGCUUCGGCCUUCACAACGCCCAGUGCACUGGUCAAGAUCCAGCCCAUCACGACGCCCUCGCACCCAGCCAACGGACAAUGCGGACUCUUCGCAGCGCACAACCUACCCGCGGGGAGCUUCAUCAUGCCGUACCUGGGCCGGGUGCACUCCGGGGCGGCGUCGACGGCGGAUAGUGACUACGACCUGUGGCUGGACCACGGAGCGGACGUGGCGGUGGACGCGGCACGGGAGGGCAACGAAGGCCGGUACGUAAACGACUUUCGCGGUGUGCGGGAGCGGGCGAAUGCUGAGUUCCGGACCGUGUGGUGCGAGAGGUUUGGGGAGCUGUGCGUUGGUGUUUGGGUCAUAGGCGGCGGGAAGAAGGCGAAGAAGGGGAAUGGGAAGGCUAAGGCCACCGGGGGAAUUAAGAAGGGCGAGGAGAUUUGCGUAAGUUAUGGAAAGGGCUUUUGGGGAGAGAGGAAGGCGGAGAUGGAGGAUGGGGGUGAGCCUGAAGAUGGGCCUGAAGAUGGGCCUGAGGAUGGGCCUGAGGAUGGGCCUGAGGAUGAGCCUGAGAGUAAAGAUGACGCUGUGGAUUUGUAG